AUGACUUCGUCACCAGCGGGUAACACCCUCCUACUCAAGCGUCAGCUCAUGGAACUACGCAAGAGUCCUGUCGACGGCUUCAGCGCCGGUCUCAAGGACGAGAGCAACCUCUUUGAAUGGGAGAUUAUGAUCAUCGGUCCCAACGACACACUCUACGAAGGCGGCUUCCUCCGAGCCGAGUUGAUAUUUCCGCCAGAGUAUCCUCUUCUUCCACCCAAAAUGAAGUUCAUCACUCCCAUGUGGCAUCCCAACAUUUACCCCGAUGGAACUGUCUGCAUUUCCAUCUUGCAUGCUCCAGGCAAGGACGAGUGGGGCUACGAAGAUGCAAGCGAGCGAUGGCUUCCUGUGCACACUGUAGAAUCCAUUCUCAUCUCCGUGAUUAGUCUUCUAUCUGCCGACAUUCCCAACACCGACUCACCAGCCAACAUUGACGCUGCCAAACAGGUCAGGGAAGAUAUUGCAGGCUAUAAGAAGAAGGUACGACGGCUCGUGAGGCAGUCUGCCGAGGAAGCCUUCGACUGA